ACGAGGCGCACCUGAAUGCAGCACCGAAGGCCGCUUGAUGCCGCGUCAGUGUGGCGAGGCGAAGGACCAAGAUGGAGGAGUUCCCAACAAACACCAACACAAAACAAACCGAAAACCUCGACGAACCUCCCAACAGUCGGCUUUUCGUGGUCACGAGUCGGUCCAUAACCGAGGAUGAGCUUCGGGAAAGCUUUUCAGUUUACGGAGACAUCCACGGCGUCUGGGUCGUCAAAGACAAGCAGACGAAGGAGUCCAAAGGAAUCGCUUAUGUGAAAUUCGCAAAGUCAUCGCAGGCCUGCCUGGCCAUGGAGGAGAUGCACGGCAGAGUCCUGGUGGAGGGGACUAAACCCGUCAAGGUGUUCAUCGCGCAGUCCAGGUCCUCAACGAGACACAGAGACGUAGAGGAUGAGGAGCUGACCAGGAUCUUCGUUAUGAUCCCGAAGUCCUUCUCGGAGGAGGACCUUAAGGACACAUUCAAAGAGUACGGCGAUAUCGAGUAUUGUGUGAUCAUCAAGAAUAAGUCCACCGGGGAAAGCAAAGGCCUGGGCUACGUGAGAUACUACAAACCCUCCCAAGCUGCCAUCGCCAUAGAGAACUGUGACAAAACUUACAGGGCCAUCCUCGCCGAACCUCGCACCAAAGCGCCAGUGACCGAAGACUACUCCGGGGGAACGUCCAGAGGCGAUUACUCGGGUGGUGGCGGCGGCGGCAGUGACUCCUCUAACCAGUAUGCCUUUCCUAUGGCUGACCAUGGCAACUACCCGGCCAUCGACUACCGCUCCAGCGUGGACUUCACGUGCUGCCUCAUGAUGUCGACGCGGGCCGCGCUGAGCCAGGAGCAGGUUUUUGCUCUCUUUGACCUUAUUCCCGGCAUGGAGUACUGUGAGCUGCAGAGAGACGCUUACGGAAUGAACAAAGGUCACGCUCUGAUUCGCUACGCCAAUCUGGGAUCGUCGUUUUACGCCAGAGAAAAGCUGAAUGGCUUUGAAUAUCCGCCCGGCAACAGGCUGUCAGUCAAUUUUGUGGACGACGGCGAGGACCGCAGCAGUCCCGUCGGUCGGAUGGCCGUGCAGUUUGUUACAACUCAGAUGAUGUCGGCACCGUGGAACGGACCCUCCUCCAGCCAAUCAAUGAAACCUAGUUUCCCCAUCUCCCCGAUGCUCCGGAUCCAGACGGACGUCAACCUGCCGCCUCUGAAAAAGCUCGCCCCCCCCGACAGCAAGGCGAAGGAGCGCUUGUUUGUCGUGUUCAGUCCCUCCCCGCUGCCUCCCGAUGUGCUGGAGGACGUUUUCUGUCGCUACGGUUCCCUCAUCGAGGUCCAUUUGGUCCCUGGAAGGAAGGUCGGAUACAUGAAGUAUUCAGAGAAACAGUGUGCAGACGACGCCAUGGCGGCGCUCCACGGUCAGGUCGUCAACGGCGUGAAGAUGAAGGUGAUGCUGGCCGAUCCCCCCAGAGAGGAAUCCCAUAAACGGCCUCGGAACUUCUAGGAACACGUGACCCAAAUGGGCGGUAAGUUUUCUGCGGCAGCGAACGGCAGUAUUAACCGAAGACCUGUGUACCAAAGCACUUCAGCGUGCGAUGCUCGUUACGUGGUUUUUAAAAGCUACAGCGAGCAGAGAAGAAGAACAUGACCACUUUGGCAUCCAAGUUUAAUCUAACACACCUGUAAAACUGCUUCCUGUCGUCGUGGUGACAGCUGAGUUCUUGUCUCUCCCUGUGAAUAACACUGCAGCUUCUUGUUCCCUAGGCGACUGUUGUCACGACACAAUGACACCUGACCUGACCGACCGACCCAUAUCAAGACCUCCUCCUGACCACUGACCCGACCUUUGACACCUGUAUGACCGUACUUCUAUCCGGUGACUCACUGAUAGUAAAUAGCAUGCGGAAGCAGCAGCAGAAGUGGAGUCUUAAUCAUUCGUCUGUGUAGUUUGUGGUAAGCGCCGUGUUUUUAUCAUGUUCACUUUGGGUUGGGGGGCAUUUUUUUUUUUUUAUCCUGAUAGCAGGAAAAGAUUUGUUUUAAAACUGGUCCUUUUUUUAUUAAUUGUAUUCCCUGUUAUCUCCUCCCUCCCCAUGUAAAGCUUAGGUGAAAGGUGUUAGAUUGUACAAGUUCAAAUAAAUCAUUUAAACAUCG